GCACGGCCCCGGCUCCAAGUGUGCCGAGCAAGGGAUGAGCCCCAGGAGAGUCCUGAGCGCCGGGAGAGGGAAGAACAAGCUGCCGUGGGAAUCCGAGCUGGCCGGAGACGGGGAAGGUGGCUCGGGAGUCAGGAUGCCGUUCCCGAAGGGUGUGGAGCAGUUCUCUGCAUCCAGUGAUUUCCUUCACUCCCCGAAGCUCCAGCCCUCCCAAGGAGUCCCAGCCAGCCAGGAGUUAUUUUUCAGUAGAAAAAGAGCUUCCAGGACUUUAUUGCAGAGCGGUGUGGAAGUGAACUCUGGGAGUUCUGCCGUUUGUGCUGGUGCUAUGGGCUCUCACCAGCCCCAAAUUUCAGGGAAGUGUGGGACACUUGGAUACCCACAGGCACGUGGGAAGAGUGGCAGUGUGGACUCGGAGUUACAGCUUUUGGGAUUGAACAACUGUCAGCAGGACAAAGUUUCUUCCAGCCUAAAUUUUCCCAGCAAGACCCAGAGAGGGUUUUGCACUCAGGCAGAGCCCACCAUGUCCUUCCAAGGCCUCAGUGCCAGCCAGGGCACCUUCAUCCUGCCCUGCUACCCCCUGUCCUCCCCCAGGAACAGCCCCAAGCCCCUCUCCUCUCCAGCUGCAUCUCCAAGGAGGGCCCAGGACCAUCCCAUGAGCCUCUCCAACUCCUGGCCUCGCAAAAGCUUCGAGGGGCUGCCUAAAUCUGGCUCCCAGAAGCAGCUGCUCAGCCCAAAGUCAGGAGACAACACAGUGGUGGUCACAUUGCCCAUCAGGGACUUGAGAAUUGGACUGAGCACUCAGAAAUGUACUUUAUUUAGCUUAACACAGUUUCUCCCUGUGCACUGUCUGCCCCUGUCCCUUUUCCCUCCCGGCCAGAUGCAGAAUUCCCUGCGCUCCCUGCGGAACAGCGCGGCCAAGAAGAGGGCCAAGCUGAGCAGCAGCCUUGCAGACCUGGAGAGCCCCGACCCUGCAGCUAAACUGGAUGGCUCCGGGGACUGCCCCUCCCAGGGCUCCUCCCCCAGUGAGAGUGGCAUCUACAGCCAGGAAUCGCUGCCCUCCCCCGUGCCCAGCCUGCCCCGCGGGAGGAGAGUGAUGUCAGACACCUUUCCACUGCUUGGCAGCAAAUCCCAUCCUGCAGAAGGAUCUCCAGGGAGGAGCAGAGAGCCAGGCCUUGCAGAGCCCGUGCCUGGUUUUGCACCGAUGGACGAUCUGGGUUUCCUGUCUGGGGACACCGUGGUGGUUGUUGGUAAAGGUGUUUUUGGGAGCCCCCCUGCCCGUGCUCACAGCCAGUCCCUGCCCUGUGUGGCCAAUGGAGAUGACCAGGGGGUCAGGGAGGAGACUGAGCCAUCCCCAGGGAUCCCUGGGAGAAGCUUCCAGCAGAACAGUGCUUCCCAUGUCCAUGCUGACAAGGACAGAGAGAUAAAAGUGACCAUGUCAAAAUCUGCCCAGGAUAAGCUGAGGAGGAAGAGAAAAGAAGAAAAAGAACUCAAUCACAAAGAGCAUCAGGAAGGCAAAGACCUGGAAGGGAAGGAAGAGAUCCCUUGGGAAGGGCUUAGACUGAGUAUGAGUGAACCAGAGAGACUGACAGCAGAAAGGUUUAAUCUCUGUGGGGAUAUUUUAACAUCGCCAAGAAACGGAUCUUUGUCCUUAGAAAAUGUGGCCUUGAAUCCUUCUCUGAGAAGAACAUCCAGUUUGAAGAGGUCAAAGUGUUCACCCUUGCUGGAUUCUGAGGAGGCGGCGCCGGGCGCGCGGGGCCGGCCCAAGGAGCAGGUGACGCACAGCCCCGAGGUGCUGGACCCCUCGGAGCUGCAGCCCUUCCCCAGGCCCGACACGGCCCUGGCAGAGGCCCUGGCACUGCUGGCUGACGACGACUGGGAGAAGAAAAUUGAGGGUCUGAACUUUGUCAGGUGCUUGUCUGCCUACCAUGCCCCUGUUCUGACUGCAAAGCUCCACGAAACAAGUUUGGCUGUGGCUCAAGAGGUCAAGAAUUUACGCUCAGGUGUUUCUCGAGCUGCUGUGGUGUGUUUAGGGGAUUUGUUCACCCACCUGAAAAAGAGCAUGGACCAAGAACUAGAUAAUGCAGUAAAAGUCCUUUUGCACAAAGCUGGGGAAUCCAACACUUUUAUAAGGGAAGAGGUAGACAAGGCACUGAAGGCCAUGGUUAAUAAUGUGACUCCAGCACGUGCACUUUGUUCUCUUAUAAAUGGAGGGCAAAGGUACUAUGGUCGGAGGAUGCUCUUCAGCAUGAUGGCCCACCCUGAGUUUGAGAAAGCCCUGGAGAGGUACAUCCCAGCCAAGGACUUGCCUUACAUUAAGGACUCUGUUGGCAGCCUACGUGAGAAGGGUCUGGGGGAGAUGCCACUGGACACACCUUCAGCCAAAGGAAGACGUUCCCAGACUGGCAGUGUUGGACAUUUGAGGUCGUCCCCCACUUCCAGAGAUGCUCUCAGUGUCCCGGACAGGGACACCACAGAGGCCCGUGAGGUCCCAAGGAAAGCAGCUCCUCGUAGUGCCCUGGAAAGUGAAGAGUAUGUUAAAGAUAUUGUGGGUUUGUUGAAUGCCAAAGACUUCAGAGAGAGGAUAACUGGCAUCAGGCAGCUGCUGCUGGAUACAGAGAACAGUCCAGGCCUGGUGGUUGCAAACCUCGUGAAGGUAACUGUAGGAAAAUGUUGGUUUUCAAAGGUCUUUAAACACAAGAUGAUUCCACUGCUCAAGGACAAUUUGUCACCUGUGAUCAACAUGUUAAUUCCUGCCAUAGUAGACAACAACCUCAACUCCAAAAAUCCAGGGAUUUACACAGCUGCCACAAAUGUUAUCCAGGCUCUGUGUCAGCACGUAGACACCUCUCUGCUCCUCCAGCCCUUCUGCACAAAGGCCCAGUUCCUCAACGGGAAAGCCAAGCAAGACCUGACAGAAAAGCUGGCUGGUAAAGGGCUGUUUGCUUUGCAUGCUUGUCUGCUACCAUCUUAAUUAGGGGAAUUAAUUGCGGGAGGGUGGUGGUUUAUAUCUUCCCCUCUGUCACAGUAGAUUGUGGGCAUAAGAUGCAGCAGUUGUCAGACUUCACCCCUUUAAUGUAAAUUGAAGCUAUUGCUGACAAAACAAAGGAUGGCAAUAAUAAAAAUAAUAAUUAUUUCUUUUAUUUAUUCAUUUAUUA